AUGGGAGCUAACAGGUAUCACCUCAUCACAUACAAAUACCUUGCUGAAGAUAAGAAAGCUAUCAUUGUAUCUACAACAGAUCAUGAGGAUGAAGGUGCUGUGGGCAUAAAAGAAGAUUAUGAUCAACCGAAUGAAUUUUCUAGAAGACAAAUAGUUUCAAAUUGGGACAGGUACAAAACUGAAGAAAAGGAACUCGAUGAUAGUAGUGAAUCUUUGCGAGGUACAGAUUUCAAUGUGCUGCUGAGUUCUGCAGGUGAUUCAUUUGCACAGUUUCGCUUUGCUGAGGAAAAAGAGUGGGAAGUAGAGGGGACUUCCAGUAAACAGCUAUCACCUUUGUUUGUGGACUGUCAAUCUCUAGCUCAAUCCCUUCAGGAACUCCCCCUCUACCUUAGACUGAAUGUGGACGCUGAGUUGGUACAGAUCACUGUUCCUUCUGAGCUACCACAAGUGAGACUGAAGGGUUUGCAAGAUGGCCCAAGUAAAUUUAGAGCACCGGCUGCAACUCCAUUGGGAGCUGUUAAUGCCAUGCCACAAAAUGCAGUGGCUGAAGAUCCAGUCCAAACUACCUUCAAUGUCAUGCUCAGCCCUGCAACACAAAUACCUAAGAGUGCUCCUUCUGCAUCUCAGCAAGAACCAGAUAAGCUAGACGAGGAGCUGGAUAUUUUACUUCAGUUAGGAACGCCUGCCAGUAAAAGUAAUGAUGAUUUCCUGAACAAAGCUCAAAAUGCAGAAGUUCUUUGUGAUGCCACAUCAGUUACAACUUCAACCGACUCAUCAGGUGCUGAAGUGGUAGACAAUGCAAAUUCACAGCUAACAGAAAUGGCUAAGAAACCUGACCCUGAAGAAGAACUGGAAGAUUGGUUAGAUAGUAUGAUAUCAUGAUUAUAGUUUUGUAAGUAAAUGAAAGAAAACUAAAAAGUACAUUACCUAUAAAUAUUAAUUGGCAUGUUUAUUCCAACUGCAUUCCAUUGCUGACAAGUAAAAUGUAUAUUAGUGUUAAUGUUUACACUGUGAAAUUCCGUUGAAUAGCUUAGAUUUAGUGACAGAGUUAUAACUAACUAAUUGCAUGUAAAAAGAUUGCAGAGUCAAGGUGUAAUAAAAACUGUUGAAAACCAUGAA